CCUCUCUCGAACUUGAUUACUUUUUGUAACAGGGACAUCCUCGAAUGACAUAACAAUCUCACAAUCAUUUUGUUGAAUCAAAGAAAUAGAAACAGAAGAACAAAAAGGGUCGGCAAUUUGAACAAAAUCUUUUUGCAAAGGCGCUCCUGAGGUCUCGGUUAAAUAAUCAAAGAGAAGGAGAAGAGCACCUUUGGGGUCCUAACCAAGAAAUCUCCACCAUCCCUAAAUAUACAUAUUUAUAAUAAUUUACAAACCCAAAAAUUUAAAAUCAAUUGUAUCAUCAUCGGCAGGGCAAAUAACAACGGCAUCUCUUCUUUCUUCAAUCGGUGGUGUCCGCAGAGAGAAGGGACGAUUGAAGUUUUCAGGAAUAUGUUUGGAUCUUCCACUUUUGCCACAGCUUGAAGCAAUUCAUCAUGGUCAAUGAAGCAGCGUAAAAUAAAAAUAUAUAUUGUUCCAUAAACAGUGGGAUCCUCGCCCUAUGCCUAAAUUUUUUAUAAUGUAAAUUGACAAAUUAAAGAGUAUUUUAAUUUUGAUUAGGGAAGACAAAAAAAUUUUUUACCAAAAGGGAUUUUUAAUCGUUUUUUUCAGAAAAGUAGCAUUAAAUUUGAUCUCUAUUUUAAUUAUUUUCACUAAUUAUUUUAAUUUUAUUUUUCUUUCGAUAAACUAAUAAAUUUCUAAAAAACUAUUUUAAUAAGUUUCUUAACAUAUUUUUAUUUUUAUAUUUUUAUCGUUAAAAAGAAACAUUGGUUUUCUCUAAGUUUUAUUAAUGGCCACUGAUGAAGAUAACUUUUCAGAACAAAUUAAUGAGUGUAGAAAGAUGACUGAACCAGCUAUACGUCCAAAAAUUGUCGAGAUGAGUGCAGAAGUAUUGGACACAAAUCCUUAUUCUCGUCUAAUGGCGCUUAAACGAAUGGGAAUUGUUGACAAUUAUGAACGUAUCCGUGAGAAAACAGUUGUAGUUGUUGGUAUUGGAGGUGUUGGUUCUGUUUUUGAUUAUGAUCGUGUUGAAUUGGCUAAUAUGAAUAGAUUAUUUUAUCAGCCACAUCAGAGUGGAUUGAGUAAAGUGGAAGCAGCUCGUGAUACUUUAAUGCAUAUUAAUCCAGAUGUUGAAUUUGAAGUUCACAAUAUGAAUAUAACAACAGUUGCUAAUUUUGAUAUUUUUUGUCAAAGAAUAAGGGAAGGUGGAUUGACUAAAAAAUCUGUAGAUAUUUUACUUUGUUGUGUUGAUAAUUUUGAAGCUAGAAUUGCUGCAUGUAAUGAAAUUGGUCAAAUUUGGAUAGAAUCUGGAGUUAGUGAAAAUGCAGUAUCUGGACAUAUACAAUUUAUGGAACCUGGGAAAUCUGCAUGUUUUGUGUGUCUUCCUCCAUUAAUUGUGGCUUCAAAUAUUGAUGAAAAAACUCUUAAAAAGGAUGGUGUAUGUGCUGCAAGUUUACCAACAACAAUGGCUGUUAUUGCUGGUUUAUUAGUACAAAAUGCACUCAAAUUUUUAUUAAAUUUUGGUCAAGUUACUAAUUUUCUUGGCUAUAAUGCACUUGUUGAUUUUUUCCCUCAAGAAAAAAUUCGUCCCAAUCCUCUUUGUGAAGAUAAAAAUUGUAGACGUUUACAAAAAAUUUAUUUGGAAGAACAAGAAAAAUUAAAAGCAUUAAAAUCUGAUGUAAAAAUAAUUGAGGAAAAGACAAACAUUGUUCAUGAACUGAAUGAAUUUGGAAUUGAAUUAGUAUCAGAAUCUACCUUUGACCAAACACCUUCAAUGUUUGUUCCUUCUUCGUCUGGAAUUAAAUUAGCUUAUGAACCUGGAUCUUUAGACGAUAAUAAUGAAAAAGAGGAUGAAAAUAAUUCAAAAACAACAACUAAAGAACUUGGGGAUUUAAUGGCACAAUUAAAGUCACUUUAA